AUGCAUUCCCCAGGGCAGGAAGCUCAAGACGAAGACAGCAGUGAUUCAGAAGCAGAGGAGCAGAGCAUCAGCCAGGAUCCUAAGGACACGCCCAGCCAGCCCAGCAGCACCGGCCACAGGCCAAGGGCAGCCUCAUGCCGAGCUGCAGCCACCUGGUGUACUGACAGUGGCUCCGAUGACUCCAGACGCUGGUCUGACCAGCUCAGUCUAGAUGAAAAAGAUGGCUUCAUAUUUGUGAACUAUUCAGAAGGCCAGACCAGAGCCCAUCUGCAGGGGCCCCUGAGUCACCCCCACCCCAGUUCCAUAGAAGUGCGGAAUUACAGCAGAUUGAAACCUGGGUACCGGUGGGAGCGGCAGCUAGUAUUCAGGAGCAAGCUAACCAUGCACACGGCCUUUGAUCGAAAGGACAACGCACACCCAGCUGAAGUCACAGCCCUGGGCAUCUCCAAAGAUCACAGUAGGAUCCUUAUUGGUGACAGCCGAGGCCGAGUGUUCAGCUGGUCUGUGAGUGACCAGCCAGGCCGAUCAGCUGCUGACCACUGGGUGAAGGAUGAAGGCGGAGACAGCUGCUCCGGCUGCUCAGUGAGGUUUUCCCUCACUGAAAGACGACACCAUUGCAGGAACUGUGGACAGCUCUUCUGCCAGAA